AUGGAGACCAUCAUAUAUGGCCCUAUCACCGCCACCGACAUUACAAUUGUUCUUUCCAGCCCUCGGUCCUUCAGCGAAAGAUCUGAAUCCUGGCAUGACAUUAAACCAACCUCAAUUUCAACAACGUUGCUCGCCAGUACUAGUUCAUCCGAACCAUCACCUACCUUUAGUUCAAUCAGUUCUGAACUAACCUCCACUACAGCGAGCACCGUCUCUUCAAAAUCUACUAUCGCAGCCAAUACCGCAUCUUCGUCUCCAUCCGCAACACCACUAUAUACCUCCCGGACCAACUCACAUAAACCACCACACACGUCGACGUCGACGAUAGUCGGAGCUGUCCUUGGUCCUAUAGUAUUUUUACUUCUCCUUUCACUAGGAGUCUUAUUUCUCCGACGUGGGCACAAAACCAAAACCCAGCGCGCAAAAUCACCCGACUCGGACCCUGUAUCCAGGCAGAUUCGAAUUUCCUCCCAAGAUGAAGGGAAAGGGGGAAGGCUGACGACGGGCCCGCGUAAUAUAUCCGCGUCUUUGGAUGAUAAUUCUCCUGAGCCUGGGCAUGAACCCUCGUUGUCGGGAAGGGCGGCUGAACGAGAGGAUGGGGAUCGGCAAGUUCUUGCAGAGGAGACGAUAUUGCAUUCAGCGUCGCCUCAACCAAUGUUGAUGAGUGAUGAAGCGGCAGAAGAGAUCUUGUCGCUGCGUACCCAGAUAGAGCAGCUCAUUGGCGAGAGAGCGUUAUCAGUAUGGAACCCUUACAGCGAGUCAGAUCCUCCUCCGGCAUAUGUGGAAGCUGUUAACGAAGAUGGCUGA